AUGAAGGCCCUCGGCACCGACCUGCUACCCGGCUCGCGCCUCCUGCGCGCCACCCUACUCGCCUUCGCCUGCGCCGCCGCCUUCCUCAUCGGCUACCGCUGGUCCGGCGCCUCCCCGAGCCUCCUCUUCUUCUCCUCCUCCUCCUCCUCCCGCCUCUCCUCCGGCUCCCCCUCCGUCGCCAUCUCUCCCAACGCCAACGUCUCCUUCGACCCGUCCCUAAUCCCCUCCCCCGCAGCUGCCCCGAUUGCUUCACCUCCAAUAAAUAAAAAGACGGCCGCUUUAUCUGCUACUCCCAAUGCCUCGCCGCCGGCUUCAGUGCCGGCUCCGGCGCAGGCGCCGCCUCCUCCCCUCCCUCCCCCGCCACCGCCCCUGGCCCCUCCACCGCCCGCCCGCCUCGGCAUCGUCGGUGACGACGGCGCUAUGCGCGACGACUUCGACAUCGGCGCUGUCUCCAACGACACCGAUCUGGCCACCGACGUGGACGCGCCGCAGGAGCCUAGCAACGCGGAAGCCGGCGGCGGGAACAAGGUUCGGAUUGGGAAAUUCCCGGCCUGCCCCGAGAGCAUGAGGGAGUACAUUCCCUGCCUCGACAACGACGAGGAGAUCAAGCGGCUGCCCUCCACGGAUCGUGGUGAGCGGUUCGAGAGGCACUGCCCUGCCAAGGACAAGGCCCUUAGCUGCCUGGUGCCGGCCCCAAAGGGGUAUAAGGUGCCAAUUCCCUGGCCUCGGAGCAGAGACGAGGUGUGGUUCAGCAAUGUACCUCAUACACGGUUGGUUGAUGACAAAGGAGGGCAGAAUUGGAUUACCAAGGCUAAAGAUAAAUUUACAUUUCCUGGAGGAGGAACCCAAUUCAUACAUGGAGCAGAUCAAUAUUUGGAUCAGAUAUCUCAGAUGGUACCAGAUAUUGCAUUUGGCUCUCGCACUAGAGUUGUUCUGGAUGUUGGCUGUGGAGUAGCAAGUUUUGGCGCAUACUUACUUUCGCGUGAUGUGUUGACAUUGUCAAUAGCUCCCAAAGAUGUUCAUGAGAAUCAAAUACAGUUUGCUCUUGAGCGUGGUGUUCCUGCAAUGGUGGCAGCAUUUGCAACGCACCGACUAUUAUAUCCCAGUCAAGCAUUUGAGAUUAUCCACUGCUCCCGCUGCAGAAUAAAUUGGACCCGUGACGAUGGGAUUCUACUCCUGGAGGUUAAUAGAAUGCUCAGAGCAGGUGGGUACUUUGCUUGGGCAGCACAACCAGUUUAUAAGCAUGAAGAGGCCCAGCAAGAGGCAUGGAAAGAGAUGGAGGACCUCACAUCCCGACUAUGUUGGGAACUUGUGAAGAAAGAGGGAUAUGUUGCUAUAUGGAGGAAACCUCUAAAUAACUCAUGCUACAUGAGCCGUGAUCCUGGGGUCAAACCUCCACUUUGUAAUGCUGAUGAUAAUCCAGAUGAUGUCUGGUAUGUUAAUCUGAAAGCGUGUAUUAGUCGACUACCUGAAAAUGGUGAUGGAUCAACUCCCUUCCCAUGGCCUGCACGCUUAACAGAACCUCCAAGGAGACUUCAAGGUGUUGAAAUGGACGCCUACUCAUCAAAGAAUGAGCUUUACAAAGCCGAAACAAAAUUUUGGGAUGAUAUAGUCGAAGGUUAUAUUCGUGUUUUCAAGUGGAAAAAGUUCAAACUCCGGAAUGUAAUGGACAUGAGGGCUGGAUUUGGAGGGUUUGCAGCGGCAUUGAUCAACCGCAAGCUUGAUUUCUGGGUGAUGAAUGUUGUUCCUGUUACUCAGCCAAACACACUGCCCGUAAUUUAUGACCGGGGACUUCUUGGAGUGGCUCAUGACUGGUGUGAACCAUUUGACACUUAUCCAAGGACUUAUGAUCUACUGCAUGCAUUUGGCCUAUUCUCAAAGGAGCAGAUAAGGUGUAACAUCUCAAGUAUCUUGCUUGAGAUGGAUCGCAUACUCAGACCAGGUGGCAAGGCUUAUAUUCGCGAUAAAAAGGAAACGAUACAGGAGAUCAAAGAAAUUACAGACGCCAUGGGAUGGAGGGCUACUAUACGUGACACUUCUGAAGGUCCGUAUGCUAGCAGGAAGGUUUUGAUGUGCGACAAGCCGACGGUGCGGUAGCUGUGCUGCAUGUCUGUGGCUUAAUUUUCCGCCACUGUUAGAACUGACUAUCAGAUCGAGCUACAUUGGAGUGGAGAUUGACAUUUGUUCCGUAGAUAGGGUUGUUGGAUGUCAAAAUCUGUAACUUAAUCAAUUUGAUUCAUCAUUCGUUUGUACAAAGCCCAAUCUAGCCGUUGAAGCUCGGCAUGUUUUUGUUGUUGUAACUUAUACGGUAAGUAAAGAAUACUCGAGAAAGAUUUUGGUGAAUAGAGUGGCUGAGAUUUCGUUA